CCGCCUCCUGGGGGGCGGAGCCUCUUCACACGCGUGCGCAAUGGAUCGUAGAGCCGCCAUGCCGGAGCCGCGCGGGUCGUCACCCCUGCGGGUGAACGCGGCGUUCGCCGCGCGGUACGGCCGCUACCGGGAGCGCGAGGAGCUGCAGCGGCUGAAAGAUCGCUAUGGGGAUAGGGACAGCUGCGGCGACUCCAGCUCCGAGUCUGACUCCGGCGACGAGCGCGUGGAAUUUGACACUCAGCAGGAGCGUGACUUUUACAGGACCCUCUCCUUACUGAAGAAGAAGGAUCCGCGCAUCUAUCAGAAAGAUGCCACCUUCUAUCAGAGAACAGCAUCGUCCUCAGACAGUAAGGAGGAGCCAGCAGCUGAAGAGAAACAAAAGAAGGUGCAGCCCAUGUACCUGAAGGACUACGAGAGGAAGGUUAUCUUGGAGAAGGGAGGCAAAUAUAUUGAUGAGGAGAAUUCAGAUGGGGAGGCCUCCAAUCAGAGACUUCAGCAGACCUCAUUGAAAAGUUAUGUGGAAGAACAGAAACAGCUGAAGGAAAGCUUCCGGGCGUUUGUGGAGGACAGUGAGGACGAGGACAGUGCCGGCGAAGGUAGCUCCGGGUUGCUGCAGAAACGUGCUAAAAGCAGAGAGGAGAAGGCCCAGGAGGAUGCUGAUUACAUCGAGUGGCUGAAGGGCCAGAAGGAGAUUCAGAACCCCGACACCCUGAAAGAACUGACUCACCUCAAGGAAUAUUGGAACAACCCAGAGCUAGAUGAGGGGGAGCGCUUCCUGCGGGAUUACAUCCUCAACAAACGCUACGAGGAGGAAGGAGAUGAGGAGGAAGAGGAGGAAGGAGAAGAAGGGGUCCCUGGCCCCCCGGUCCAGCUGGCCGUGGACGACUCCUCAGACGAGGGUGAGCUGUUUCUGAAGAAACAGGAGGACUUUGAGCACAAGUACAACUUCCGCUUCGAGGAGCCAGACUCUGCCUCGGUCAAGACCUAUCCUCGGAACAUCACAUCCUCCGUGCGCCAAAAGGACGAGCGCAGGAAGGAGAGGAGGGAAGAGACGCGGGAGCGAAAGAGGAGGGAGAAAGCGAGGAAGCAGGAGGAACUCAAGCAGCUGAAGAACCUGAAGAGGAAGGAGAUUCUGGCCAAGCUGGAGAGGCUGCGGCAGGUCACAGGCAACGAGACACUGGGCUUUGAGGAGCAGGACCUCGAGGACGACUUUGACCCCGCCCAGCACGACCAGCUCAUGCAGAAGUGCUUCGGGGACAAGUACUACGGAACCAUGGAGGAGGAGAAGCCACAGUUUGAGGAAGAGGAAGGGCUUGAAGACGACUGGAACUGGGACAUGUGGGCUGGGCCGGAGCAGAGUGGAGCUUGGAGCCAGCAGGAGCCGCACUGCGAGGACCCCGACUUCAAUAUGGAUGCCGACUAUGACCCCAGCCAGCCUCAGAAGAAGCAGCGCAAGGCUCCUUCGUUGGGCAAGAAGAAGCGAAAGUCGCCCUUCGCCGCAGCCGUGGAGCAGGAGAAGCCUGUGUUUGACCCUGGGGACAAGACAUUCGAGGAGUACCUGGACGAGUAUUACCAGCUGGACUACGAGGACAUCAUCGAUGACCUGCCCUGUCGCUUCAAGUACCGCACGGUGGUGCCCUGCGACUUCGGGCUCAGCACCGAGGAGAUCCUCACUGCCGAUGACAAGGAGCUGAACCGAUGGUGCUCCCUGAAGAAGACCUGCAUGUACAGGUCGGAGCAGGAGGAGCUGCAGGACAGGAGGGCGUACAGCCAGAAGGCCCAGAACGUAUGGAAAAAGAGGCAGAUCUUCAAGUCACUCUGCCCAGAGGAGACAGAGAUGCCCACAGAAGCCACAGGGAAGCCACAGAGAGACAAAGCUGGCCCACAGGGGCAGCUGCUGGCACCCGAUGGGGCCUGUGGGAAGUGGCCCCAGCCUGAGAGCCCCCCAGUACAGGAAGAGGCAGCCCCUGCGACAACCGCUGAGAAACCGGCCCCCCAGAGGCAGAGGAGGGGCAAGAAGGCACGUCUCCUGGGCCCCACAGUAACACUUGGUGGAUGUGAGUUCAGCCGUCAGAGACUGCAGGCCUUUGGCCUCAACCCCAAACGGCUGCACUUCCGCCAGCUGGGCCGGCAACGGAGGAAGCGGCAGGGGCCUAAGAGCCACCCCUGAGCUCAAGGGAGCCUGCAAGGGCCUUGGGGCUCCUCCCCUUCAAUCAAGCCCCCUCUUAUCGACUGUAUAGACCCUCACAUCUACCUGUGGGCAAGGGAGUCUUCCCAUCUUAGAGAUGUGAAAGCUGAGGCCUACUCAGUAAGCUUCCCCGGAUGACUUGGAACCUCACCUCGAGACAUACCCUGAGCCCCAUCCCUCAAAUGCUGGGCCCAGCCAUAGCCAAGGUCAAGUCAAACAGCUUUAUUAGCCCCCAUUGGUCACAGCCCCUCCUCCCUCCCACCAGCCCUUGGCAGGAUGGGGGCGUUGGGACCGGUGAGGGGCAUGGACGGUCCAGUGCAAACUACAGUACUGAGUCAGGCCCUGAGUGGGUGCCCGGGGGCCCUCCCUCCCUGCCGGGUGAGGAGGGCCCAGCUGGUGGGAGGCAGGUGUGCGGGCUCUGUUCCUGGCUGAAUGGCCGCGGCCCGGAGGCUUCCUGGACUGCUCUCAGCUGCACUUGUCAGGGAGGGGAGUUCAAGCUCCCACACCCAGAGUGACAUAAAUAAAAAAAUAAAUAGG